AUGCAGAGUUCCAAGGGCACCGAAGCAGGCUCUGGCAUCCAGUAUUUACAUGAAAACAGAAUAAUUCAUAGAGAUCUUAAACCAGAAAAUAUUGUCCUUCAGGAGGAAGCCGGGAAGGUAAUCUACAAGAUCAUAGACCUCGGAUACGCCAAGGAUCUGGAUCAAGGAAGCUUAUGCACGUCUUUCGUGGGGACCUUGCAGUACCUGGCCCCUGAACUCUUUGACAACAGCCCUUACUCCAUGACUGUGGACUUCUGGAGCUUUGGGACGCUGAUCUUCGAGUGCAUUACGGGCUUCAGGCCCUUCCUGCACAACCAGCAGCCUUUCAUCUGGCAUGAAAAAAUCAAGAGGAAAGACCCCAAAUGCAUUUUUGCAUGGGAAGAGAUGACUGGGGAAGUUAGAUUUAGUGCUUAUUUACCAACUCCAAACAGCUUGUGCAGUACGAUUGUAGAAACCGUGGAGCGCUGGCUUCAGCUGAUGCUGACUUGGGAUCCACAGCAAAGAGGAGGCGGGAUAGAUCCCAACACAAACGGCUACAGAUGUUUUCAAGUAAUGGAACAAUUGCUAAGUCUGAAGAUCGUCCACAUCCUAAACAUGACGUCUGCCAAGAUCCUUAGUUACUCUCUGCAGCCAGAAGAAAGCCUUCACUCCCUGCAAGUUCGAAUUGAAUCUGACACUGGAAUAAGCUCAGGAAACCAGGAGCUUCUCCUUGAAAUGGGGAGCUGCUUGGACCCCCGGAAAUCGGCCUCUCAGUGUGUCAUCGAUGGCGUAAAAGGCUGGGAUAGCUACAUGGUAUAUUUAUUUGAUAAAAGCAAAACUACAUAUGAAGGCCCUUUCGCUUCUAGGACGCUUUCUGAUUCUGUAAAUUAUAUUGUCAAGGACAGCAAAAUUCAGCUGCCCAUUUUCCAGCUUCGGAAGAUCUGGGCUGAAGCCGUGCACUACGUCAUUGGCCUGAAGGAAGACUACAGCCGCCUCUUCCAGGGCCAGAGAGCUGCCAUGUUGAGUCUUCUGAGGUACAACACCAAUUUAACCAACAGGAAAAACAACAUGAUCUCAGCAUCGCAACAAUUGAAAGCCAAACUGAAUUUCUUCCAGCAAAGUAUCCACCUGGACCUGGAGCGAUACAGUGACCAAAUGACCUAUGGAAUCUCCUCAGAGAAAAUGCUAAAGGCUUGGAAAGACAUGGAAGAAAAAGCUUCGUUGUGCGAAAAGGUGGCAGAUAUCGGCUCCCUGGAUGAACAGAUCAUGGCGCUGCACACCGAAAUUGUGGAGCUGCAGAGAAGCCUCCAUGUGCGACGUCAGAACGACGUCAUGGAAAAUCUGGAGCAGAGAGCCAUAGAACUCUACAAGCAACUGAAGUCGAGGCCUCCAGACCACGUCUACAGCGACAGCACAGAGAUGGUGAGGAUCAUUGUCCAGACGGUUCAGAGUCAAGACUGGGUCCUCAAGGAGCUCUUCAGGCACCUGAGCAAAUUGCUGGGCUGCAAACAGAAAAUCAUCGACUUGCUUCCCAAGAUCGAUGUGGCUCUGAACAGCAUCAAGGAGGCCGACAACUCAGUCAUGCAGAUGCAGGGGAAACGGCAGAGGGAGAUCUGGCAUUUGCUGAAAAUCGCUUGCACUCAAACUUCUGCUCGAUCGGCCAGCUCCAGCGUGGAGGGUCCCGUCCCGUCCUCGGUGCCUGCCUGGCUCUCCCAAGCUGCUACGGCAACCAUGCUGCAGCCUUUGUCUUUUGCGGAAGCCUCUAGAAACACGUUGAAUUUUGCACAUUUGUUAGAAGAAAAUCUAAGCUAUCUUGACAGUUUUAGCGCCGUUAUACAAGAAGCAAGACACGGCCAAAAUAGCAGCAUGACGAGCCUCGACUGGAGCUGGCUGGAUUAGCGCGUCCGAUGUUGCACAUCCGCAUUUGCAAAAAUGGGCCUUUUAACCUAAAAUUCCUCUUUCUUU